CUGACGGUGUUCGUGUGCCGAGCAACUCGUGCUGAGGUGGGAUGCUUCCAGACGCAAGGGGAUAAAGCCCGCAGAGAUAGAAUGAUGCGAAAUGCUAUUCUUUGGUGGAGCAGCUUGUAUGUCAGACUGAUGUUUGUCUUCUGGCCAUGUGCAUCAGCUGGAAAGCAAUGUCAUAUCCAAAAUGAAAUGGCUGACUGCAGUCACCUAAAGCUGACUCAAAUUCCCUCUGAUCUUCCAAACAAUAUAACGAAUUUGGACAUUUCUCAUAAUCAGCUAAGACAGCUAGGCCCUGCAAAUCUGACCAAGUACAGCCAGCUGGUUUACUUGAAUGCAGGCUACAACAGCAUCUCUAAACUGCAACCAGAACUGUGCCAAAAUGUGCCCCUUUUGCAGAUUCUGAAGUUAGAACAUAAUGAAUUAUAUAAGCUCCCUGACAGAGUCUUUGCUUCCUGCACCAACCUGACCGAGCUCAAUCUAGGAUUCAACAGACUAAAUAUAAAAAAUGAUCCUUUCAAAACCCUGAAGAACUUGAAUAUUUUGGACCUAUCUCAUAAUUCUUUGAAGUCAGCCAAUUUAGGAUUGGAGCAACAGCUGGAGAAACUCCAUGAGCUCAUGUUGGGUAGCAACCAAAUCACGGAGCUGAAAAAAGAAGACUUCAAUUUUCUUAGCAAUACCUCAUUGAAUAGUCUUGAUUUGUCAUCAAAUCCACUAAAAGAGUUUCAUAUGGGAUGUUUCCAUUCAAUUGGAAAUCUGUUUGGCCUCAUACUGAACAAUGUUGAACUUCAUGAAAAUCGCACAAAGAAACUUUGUAUGGAAUUAUCAAACACAGCAAUUCAAAACCUCUCACUGAGUCAUGUGAAACUUUCCUAUAUUGACAACUCAACUUUCCAGGGACUGCAAGGAACAAAUCUUACAAUUUUAAACCUUUCCCAAAAUUCUCUCUCUGCCAUAGAAAAUGACUCAUUUCAGUGGCUUUCAAAUUUACAAUAUUUAAACCUGAAGCUUAAUAAUAUUCACAUAUCGUCGCGUUUAUUUUAUGGAUUAUUCAGCCUUAAACAUUUGAAUCUCAUAAACUCAAUUACUGGGAAAAUUGAAGAUUUUUCUUUUCAUUGGCUAUACCACCUAGAGUACCUCAUAAUGGAUAAUAACAAUUUUCCAGGAAUUACUGCUAAUACGUUCACAGGUCUGAACAACCUGAAAUAUCUGAGUCUCUGCAACUGCAACAUAAACUUACAAAAAAUAACUAAUAAAACAUUUUCAUCACUUGCUAAUUCUAGCUUACAGGUUCUCAACCUCACAAAAACCAGGAUCUCUACAAUAGAAAGUGGGGCAUUUUCUUCCCUGAGACACCUGAGAAUUCUUGAUCUUGGCCUCAAUGAAAUUAGUCAACAGGUUACAGGUCAUGAGUUUAAAGGUCUCAAAAAUAUACAAGAUAUUUAUCUUUCCUAUAACAAAAACUUGACUUUGCAAAGUGAAUCAUUCAUUUUUGUCCCAAGCCUUCAAAAACUGAUGCUGAGGAAGGUAGGCUGCAGUAAUCUGGCACUUUCUCCUUCACCUUUCCAUCCUCUACGAAACCUGACUAUCCUGGACAUAAGCAAUAACAACGUAGCAAACAUAAAAGAAGACUUGUUCCAUGGACUUGACAAACUUGACAUCCUGGAUUUGCAGCACAAUAAUUUAGCCCGACUUUGGAAACAUGCAAAUCCAGGUGGUCCUGUUCUGUUUUUAAAAGGUCUUCCCAAUUUGCAAAUUCUUAAUUUAAAAUCAAAUGGGCUUGAUGAAAUUCCAGUUCAGGUUUUCAAGGGCCUGUUUCAAUUAAAACACUUGGAUUUAGGAUCGAAUAAUUUGAAUUUGCUUCCAGCAACUCUGUUUGAUGACCAGGCCUCUCUGAGUUCAUUGAACCUUCAGAAAAAUCUGAUAACCUCAGUUGAAGAAAAAGUAUUUGGCCCACCUUUCAGGAGCUUGAAAAUACUAGAGAUGGAUUCCAAUCCCUUUGAUUGUACCUGUGAAAGCAUUGCGUGGUUUGCUGAUUGGCUUAAUAAGACCCAAGUAGAGAUACCUGGAUUGAGGUCCCAGUACAUUUGCAACACCCCACCUAAAUAUCAUGGCAGUCUGGUUUUGUAUUUUGAUAGUUCAGCCUGCAAAGACAGUGCUCCAUUUCAACUUCUUUUUGUGAUCUCUUCCACUAUUGUGACACUCCUCAUUUUUGUUGUCCUUACCAUCCAUUUUGAAGGGUGGAGAAUAGCUUUCUACUGGAAUAUUUUAGUCAAUCGAAUACUUGGUUUUAAAGAAUUUGAGAGACAACAGGAACAGUAUGAUUAUGAUGCUUACAUUAUUCAUGCAAAAGAGGACCAGAAUUGGGUGUCCAAAAAUUUCAUGUCUCUGGAAAAAAAUAACCACUUUGAAAUUAAGUUUUGUUUAGAAGAACGGGAUUUUGAAGCAGGUGUAUCUGAGUUUGAAGCCACAAUUGACAGCAUAAAAAGGAGCAGGAAGACUAUUUUUGUUGUGACUGAACACCUGUUACAGGAUCCGUGGUGUAAAAAUUUCAAGGUAUAUCAAGCUCUUCGGCAAGCUGUUGAACAAAGUCGGGACUCCAUCAUACUGAUCUUUCUUGAUGAUAUCCAAGAUUACAAGUUGUACCAUGCACUUCAACUGAGAAGAGGAAUGUUCAGAUCUCGCUGCAUCUUGAACUGGCCAGCCCAGAGGGAACGAGUCAGUGCAUUUCAUCAGCAAUUAGUGAUGGCACUUAAAUCUAAAAGUAAAGUGCACUGAUUUUUGAACUACAGAUUUGAAUUAUGGGGUCAUUUUUGUCAUCCUGGAAAUACAUGUAAGAGUCACUAUAAUUUAAAUUUAUUUGUUUAUAUUCAUGUUUUUGCUGAUAUUUUAAUUCAGAUGCACUGAAUUGAUGUUAAAAUGGAUCAUGGUGGAUAGUCAUUUCUAUCAGUGUAUUAAAAAUGUGGUAGAAAUUCUGAAGAGCAGUGAGAAUCACUGAUGUUCUAGGAAAUGAUGUAGGGUAGAAAAGGCAUAGACUUCCUAUGGGGAUAUAAAAAAGCAAAUGCAUUAAUGAUGAAACAAGAAAUUAUUUGUAGAAGGUAGAGUGGACACUACUACUUGCUUUUGAAAUAUGGGGGAUUCAGUGCCUCAAACUGGAAAGCUUUCCUUGUGAAACACAGUAAGUAACACAGAAAAUUACUUCUGUAAUUCAAACCAAGAAAUAUAGCCUUUGUAAAGUGAGUUUUAAAACCUUUGUGACUAUGUCUUCUGUGGGGGCUAAUACUGGUUGCUAUCAAAAAAUGACUUUCAGGCUGAUGAGUCAACUGAUUUAAUAAAUUUGGUAUAAGGAAAAAAAUUUUUUUGCUCUUCUCUGGUGAAAUUCAGAGAGAUGUCAGGACAUUAAUGCUGAGAGAUUGCCACCUUGAUUCUUAGAAUGCAACACAAAACUGUAUGCCUGUACACAGAACUUGAAAUCAAUGUGAAGCAUGGCCAAGGCACAGCUGCUGCACCUGUAUAAAAUGAAUAAAGA